CCGGGCAGAGACCUCUGCAGCUGUUCUGCAGCAUGACCACACCAACGCGGUGCUCGCGGCCGCUUCGCUCUUCGUAGAUCAUUGACCGCGGGUUGCAGUCAGAGGGAGGAACCCCUCCCACGGAGGCAGGGGCUCUGCAGGCAGAGUGGGAGGCUGUUUGGGAGGUGUCAGGGCACAGGGAGCCAGCAGGGACCCAGUGGGGUAGCGCAGGGCCCGUGGUGCUGGCUGUGGGCGUGCAGGCUGCUCCACUGUGUGCCGGCAGGACACAGCCUGCGCGCAGCGAGUGGGAGCGCAAUGCAAAUGGUGGAGGGCAGGAAAUGCCUUCACUCACCUGUGGGCUCACCUGUGGUUAAUCUUUAAUGCAGGGCAGUUUGAAUGCCCACAGAACGCCACAGAUCCUGCUGUGGUUCGGGAGGGGAAGGUUUAACCACGGCCCUCGGCCAUGGGGGGGGACCCACGCUGCGCCCAUCGGGGCUGAGAGCUGGGAGCUGGGCUGACCCUGCGGGAUGCGUUGUGCAGCACCGGCGUUUGGGCAAGCAUUCCUGCUUGAAAGGAGCAGGAAGCAGCGAGCUGACAGAACGGGGCUGACGCCGGGAGCAGCGGCACCAUGUACGAGCUCAAUGAAAGCAGCUUCGACCCCAUCACCUUCGUCCUGACCGGUAUCCCGGGCAUGGAGGAGUCCCACAUCUGGAUCUCCGUCCCUUUCUGUCUGAUGUACAUCACCGCGGUGCUCAGCAACUCCGUCCUCCUCUUUGUCAUCGCCACGGAGAGGAGCCUCCACGAGCCCAUGUACCUCUUCCUCGCCAUGCUGGCCGUGUCCGACCUGAUGCUUUCGACCACGACGGUGCCCAAAAUGCUGGCCAUCUUCUGGUUCAGCGCCAGAGAGAUUUCCUUCGACGCCUGCAUCACUCAGAUGUUCUUCACUCACUUCAGCUUCAUCGUGGAGUCGUCCGUCCUGCUGGCCAUGGCCUUCGACCGCUACGUGGCCGUGUGCGACCCGCUGCGCUACGCGUCCACGCUGACCCCCUCGGUGAUCGGGAAGAUUGCGCUGACGGCCGUGCUCCGGGGCUUCUGCAUCAUGUUCCCUCCCAUCUUCCUGCUGAAGCGGCUGCCCUACUGCGGACACAACGUCAUGCCCCACACCUACUGCGAGCACAUGGGCAUUGCCCGCCUGGCCUGCGCCGACAUCAGGGCCAACGUGUGGUACGGGCUGACCACGGCGCUGCUCUCCUCGGGGCUGGACGUGGUGCUCAUCGCCAUCUCCUACGGGCUCAUCCUCAGGACCGUCUUCCAGCUGCCGUCCCCUGAGGCUCGCCUCAAAACCCUGAGCACCUGUGGCUCCCACCUCUGUGUCAUCCUCAUGUUCUACAUGCCCGCCUUCUUCUCCUUCCUCACGCACCGCUUUGGCCACAGCAUUCCGGGCCACGUUCACAUCCUCUUGGCCAACCUCUACGUCGUGGUACCACCGAUGCUCAACCCCAUUGUGUACGGGGUGAGGACGCGGCAGAUCCGCGAGCGCGUGGCCCGCCUGCUGUGCCCUGCGGGGCAGUGUCCCCGUCCUGGCUGCGGGAGCCGCUGCUGAGUGAAAGGGGACAGGGGAUGGGGUCUGGGAGGCAGUGCGAGGUGUGGUGGCACUUCUCCCCUCUUGGUAAUGGGUUUGUCCACGAAGCUCUGGAGAAGCUGAGGGGAUUUUGGAAAUGUGGGCUUGGCCCAUCAGCCCCUUCAUCGUUACUGCCUUCUCCUGGAGAUGCUGCUCCUGAGUGCUCCAUCCAGCAGAGAUGGGACACGUGGGUUGGAUGAGGAAAUGUCCAUUACUCCACAAUGUCCAACACCAGGCUCAAGACUCUGAGACGAACUGCAGGCAGACAACAGUCUCAUAAAUCCUCGCAUCCCACAGAGACAUUUUUUUCUUUACAAAAGCGUUGCACAGCAAAGCAGAGCUCAGUGUAAUGUGCACGUCCGUUCCCGCCCGUACUGCUGUUUGGUCACCCACCACUUUGUUGCUGUACAUUCAGUUUAUCCUCCAGCACCAGGAGAGCUCUGUCCAACAUGUUCUCAUUCCUCACACUGGUCUAUGGACCAGUUGUACCAAUAAUACUGUGUUCUGCCUGAAGCUGGUGGCAAUCUGCCUCAGUGCAAAGAUGCAGAGUGAGCACCAGAUGUAUCUGGAGCUUCUCAGUCCCCUGGAAGCAUCUCAGCCGUGGCUCUGCCUGCCCAGCUCCCGUCCCCGGGGGAAGCACAGUGGUCCUUUCAUCCGCAUCCCUCCGCCUGGAGCUCUGCAUAGUGUUACUUAGGUGAGUGGGAUUGCUCUGCUCUCUCGUCCUGAUGGCGGGGUCCCCGUGACCAUUCUGGCUCAGAGGUUAAGUGCCAGAAUUUCCAGCAACCAUGGGAUGAAAAAGAGUAGGGAAUGCACCAGAGCCUGGAGACCUUUCCUUCAUCUUUCCUUUGUGUUUUUCUGGGUGGGGAGUUGAGAUAAAGGCUUACCUCUCCCCCCUGCAUCAUUCCUGCUCUCUGCUCCAUGCCUCCCACACCUCACUUGGAGGCAGCUCAGGGGCUUCCUGGGGCCUGGCCAGUGAAACCAUCCUCAUCUGGGCAGCAACCACAGCCUUCCGAAUGCAGUGAUUUGGGAACUGUGUCUGCAGGCCGAUCCUGCAGCCCCGCUCCCACAGCAGUGCCAGGAGCCGGGACGCUCUGCUCCGUGUUGGCUGUGAGACCCAAGGAUCCGUCUGACGUGGUGGUGCCAGGGGGCACGAGACGGAGCAGGAUGAGAUGAGCAGGGCUACAGCAACCCAACCCAACCCAACCCAACCCAACCCAACCCCUGCUCCGCUCUGGGCCUCCCAGCGACACCGCUGCAAGUUCAAGAGAAGAAGGAGAGAAAGAGAUCCACAGUUUCAGAACUAAAAUAAUAAUUUCAUAAUAGUAAUUCAUGGCACUGUCAGCACAUUUCUUUUUUCUUUGUGUUUUUUUUCUUUUUUUCCUUGUACUUUCAUCAAAGCUGGGAAGCCCGUGACAGGCACAAGGGAAAUGAACGUCUGUUCACUAAGAGCUGUUUGCUUAGCAGCAGUGAUAAGAGGGCUGGUGAAAACGCUGCUCGUAUUGCUGUAAUCAAAACAUUUUUGUAUCUCUCUUAGCAAAGAGUGUUUACAGAGAGCGGCCCACGUGGCCUCUGAUAGGACACGGCACUUUAUUGAAAGCAGCAAGUCAGGAGAGCAAGAGCGUGAAUACAUUCAGGCUGCAGUGAGAUGCUCUGGGGUUUUCAGGGCUGUCACAGCAGCACGGAGGUUGGGGUGAGAUCCUGAGUGCUUUGCUGAGUCAGGCCCCCCCCAGCCCUGCCUUCCUGCCUCAAGCAUGAGCUGCUUGGCAAACCUUCUGCUGAAGAGCUUCUCCUGAAAGGUUCCUGACCGGCUCGAGUGGCAGCUGACCACCAUCCAGAUUCACUGUCACAGGACAGUUCAGCUCCAUGGAGUGGCAGCUCUAGGGUUAUUCCUGCUGCCUUCUCUGCUUCCCUUUUGUUGCCUCUCCUCAUUGGUGAACUCAGGCAUGUACUUACCUCUAAGCACAGCAGCAGUUCGGCCACCAGUGGGUGUGCUCGGGGCACACAGGUUGGAGUGUGUUGCUGGCAGUGCCCCUCUUAUCAUUUCCCGUCCCGGAGUUGGGGAACAGUGGGACCCACAGAGCAAUAGACCCAGCUUCAAAGAGCUUCCAAGCCAAGCGUUGGAAAAUACAUAGAGAACAAUGAUAACAGGAGAGUGCUGGCCCACGUGCUGGGUCUCAGCAUCCCAGAGGCCAGAAGAACAGCACCGUGCUCAGGACCUGCUGGCACUGGGACCAGUCCAGUUCGUGGGAACAUCUCAGGGGAAGGCAUCCCUGCAGGAACCACAGUGUCACCCAGCUUUAGCAGCCAGCCAGGUUGGGGUGGGUUCUGUGUGUACUGGGAGGGUUCAUGGCAGGGAUUCUGCUGCUCCUCUGGGUUUCCAGGAACAGCUGAAUCUGAGGAGCAGCCCUCAGUCCCGGAUGGAGGUGGUGGCUGGGUCAGGGCACGGAUUUCAUGGGAAAAUGUCCCCGGGUCAAUGAGUCACUAGCUCAGCAAUUAGUGCCCACAGGAGCAUGCAUAAUGGGGUAUUAGCCAGUCGGUCAGGAAGAUUUAUAUUUACAACAUGGUUAAAAUGUGAGCUAAAUAACUUGCAUGAGCUGUGAAGCCAGAUCUUGUGCACUUUGAGUUUCUUCCUCUUGAAAGACCGAGUGGUUUCCUUUGGCUCCGUCCACGUGCGCUGUUUGUAGCCGUGUCUGAACUGCCGGGCCCCUUUCCUGGGGAGGAGGAGGGGAUUUUGGCUGAAGUUGUUUCACAGCUUCAAGCACUUUGGGACAUGGGUGGGAGUCGGUGGGUUCUCUGGAAGUGAUGCUGCUCUGCCUUCAGUGAGCGCUUGGCCCGGCACAGCCCGUGUGGUGCUUCAGGUCCGAGCUGUGAGCGGGGAUGCUCUGCAGCUUCAGUGAGUGCUUCACUGGAGGGAGGUGGAGAUCAGCAUAGUGUACAGCGUGAACAAAGCCUGAAGUGUUCAUGUUCAAGUACCACAUUUACAUUCCUUUCCACCGCUGUCUGCAAUAGCGCUUUAUUAAUUGUUCUUCAUCUGUGUGCCGCUGUGGGUAAUGAAUUACAGUAGCAAUGCUUAAUGAUCUCACUGCAUCUCAAUGCCAUCAUCACUGUGUCUUAGUGAAUGUUAAUUAACAAAAAUCCCCCGUGCACCUUCU